ACAUGAUAAUAAUCAGUGUUCGAAUUAAUCCUCCACUUUCUCGAAGAUAACAAAUCAAUCCAGUCCACCACCAAACCAAACAUUCCCAAAAUUCGAACCACCUCGUUUACCAUUACCAACAAUGCCAGUCUUCAAAACCCCAUUCAAUGGCUACUCCGUCAAAUUCAGCCCAUUUUACGAAUCUCGUCUCGCCGUCGCCACUGCCCAGAACUUUGGAAUCCUCGGCAACGGUCGUCUCCACGUCCUCUCCUUACCCCCAGCACCCUCCUCCCCUCUAACCGAACUCAUCUCCUUCGACACUGCUGAUGGCAUCUACGACCUUGCCUGGUCUGAAUCCCACGAUUCCCUCUUAAUCGCAGCUGUGGCCGAUGGCUCCGUCAAGCUUUACGACACGGCCUUACCUCCAACACAAAACCCACUUCGUUCACUCCAGGAACACACGCGUGAAGUUCACUCAGUCGAUUACAAUCCCACGCGCCGUGAUUCUUUCAUCACCGCUUCCUGGGAUGACACGAUUAAAUUAUGGACCCUUGACAGGCCGGCGAGUAUUCGUACGUUUAAAGAGCACGCGUAUUGUGUUUAUUCUGCUGCGUGGAACCCGAGGCACACGGAUGUUUUUGCAUCUGCUUCCGGGGACUGUACUGUGCGAAUCUGGGACGUGCGUGAGCCGGGAAGUACGAUGAUUAUUCCAGGUCAUGAUUUUGAGAUUUUGUGUUGUGAUUGGAAUAAAUAUGAUGAUUGUAUUAUUGCUACUGCAUCGGUGGAUAAGAGUAUUAAAGUAUGGGAUGUAAGGAGUUUCAGAGGUCCUUUAUCUUAUGUUUUGUGA